CCGGGAAUCAGGAGUCAGCUGACUAAGGGUCGUCACUAGUUACCACAGUCAUAAACCCCGACUGUUUCAAAAAUAUAUCUUCUUCAAAUGUGAUUAUAAACCUAACCGUAACCACACUCAUAAACCUAACCCUAAAUUAAUCCCCAAAAGCACAUUUUUGUUUUUAUAAAAUGUUAUGAUAUAGCCAAUUUUGACUUUGUGGCUGUGGUAACUAGCGGAAAACACUGUCUAGAAAAAACUGAUCAAGACAACAGUGCAACGUUAUGAGAGGUGAGGACUGGAAUAUGUGAACAUUGUACAGUGCUGGUGAUCUUUUUGAUAUAUAACCCACCAUUGAAGAUGCCUGCGGUGUCCAGUGGGGUGAAGGACUUGUACCUCUCUACUAACCUGGGGGACCUCAACAAGAAAGCUGAAGUCAAGUCUGACAAAGUCAACACCAAGAGCUAUGUCCAGAGUGCCUGUAAGAUCUUCAAGGCUGCGGAGGAGUGUCGUCUGGAUGGAGACGAGGAGAGGGCCUAUGUUCUCUACAUGAAAUACCUAACGGUUUAUAAUCUCAUCAAGAAGAGGCCCGACUUCAAGCAGCAACAGGAGUUUUUCCUGUCCCUGCUGGGGCCCAACAGCUUUAAAAAAGCCAUAGAAGAAGCCGAGAAGCUCUCUGAAAGCCUUAAACUCAGAUACGAGGAAGUCGAGGUUCGCAAAAAACUUGAGGAGAAAGAGAGACAAGAGGAGAAGAAGAAGAGGGGGGAUAAGACAGAGAAAGAUGGAGGGAGGGCAUCUCCAAAAGGAGGGAAAGAGAUCAAGAAGGUAAAAGAGCAGAAGGAGUUGAAAAAUGGACCUUCAAAAGCUGCGGUGCCAGCAGGAGGGAUAACAGCAGAGGGGUUGUUCAAGAUGAUGAGGGACCAGGCCAUUACGGUCAUUGUGAUGGACGCUCGCUGCCUCCGAGACUUCCAGGACUCACAGAUCCAGGUCCCCACCCAGACUGUCAUCAGUGUCCCAGAGGAGGCUAUCAACCCUGGCAUCACAGUGAACCAGAUAGAGGCCAAUCUACCUGCUGCAUCCAGAGAGACGUGGAAGAGACGGGGGUUCGUAGAUUACAUCGUCCUACUGGACUGGUUCAGCUCUGUUACUGACCUCAAACUGGGAACCACCUUACAAAGCCUCAAAGAUGCUCUCUACAAGUGGGACAGUACCACUAUCCUGCGUAGUGAGCCCAUGGUCCUGGAGGGAGGCUAUGAGAGCUGGCUCCUCUUCUACCCCAUGUACACAUCCAACGCCAAAGUCAGACCGCCCCGAACACACAGCUACAGCACCCUUCCACAGCUGAACUUCAACUACCCGUCACUGGAGGAGCCCAAACCUCCAACCCCCCCUCCCCUCGAGCCGGACCCUGAACCCCAGGCUGCCCCUGCAUCCCUGGGUAGUGUACAGGUGAACGGUGCCCCCCUGGAGGAUCUGACCCCCUCCCACCCUGAGACCCCCUCCACAUGGACGGAGGCAGACGUCACAGACUCCCCCCACACAGGGUUCACUCACCCUGGAGUAGACCACAGCAAGAAGGACCCUGGAGCCGGUCCAGGGACUCCCAGACAGCCUGGAGGGACAGCCAAGCACAUCCCACAGAUCGACCGUACCAAGAAGCCAUCAGUCAGAGUCUCAGACGGGUCUAAACCACCCCUGGACGCCCUCCCCAGGGACCUGCCCCCCUCCUCCCAGAAUGGCCCGUCUGUACCCCAACCCAACCGCUCGGUCAAACCGGCCUUUGACCCGUCGGUCCCGCUGACGGACGAGGAGCGCGGUCAGAUCCACACGGAGACGGCUGCUCUGAUGGAGAAGGCCCGGAGAGAGCAGGACCAACGCACACAGGAGGAGUGGAGAGAGAGGGAACGCCGGGAGAACCAGGAGAAGGAUAAUGAGGAGACGGAGAAGAAGAAGAGGAAGGAGGAAGAGAACAGGACUCAGGAGAGGAAGAGGUUGGAGAGACAGAAGGCAGAGGAGGAGAACGGGGUUGGGGAGGAGCAAAGGGAGGAUACGCCAACAAACGGUGCUUCUCUGGACUCGCCAGCUCCCAGCCGUGUCAUCACUGAGAUUAAGGCUCCAUCCCCCCUGAAGCUUAGUGGUGAUGUAAAGAGGAGCCAUCAGCCUGGGAUGUUAAAGCAUAGAACAGUUGAUGACUAUGUCAUACCCAAGCGGGAGCUCCUAACCAGAGCCAGGAGUGAGGAGAUGGGCAGGAGUGUACCAGGCCUGCCUGUUGGCUGGAUGAAGUUCUUGGACACGGUAACCGGUACCUACCGUUACUACCAUUCCCCAACCAACCGGGUGGACUGCUACCCCCCUGAGGUCAGCGUACCCCAGACGCCCCCCUCCACCCCUCCUACGGCCAAACAGAAGCAGCCCCGCCCCGCUGAGCCCGACCAGACCAUGGACCGCGACCAGGAGCAGUCCAAACUGAAACGUUCCUACUCUUCUCCAGACAUCAGCCAGGACCUGAGGGAGGAGGGGCUAAAGAAGGUUACCGCCCCUAUAACUGCAGCCACGCGCCCAACCUUUAACAGGGAGACCAAACCAUCCACUGCUAGCGUCUACACCAAGGUGGAGAUCGCCCGUCCGUCUGCGGCUAAGAUCCGUAACCUGAACCCUGUGUUUGGCGGUCUGGGCGCCUCGCUCACCGGCCUGCGUAACCUAGGUAACACCUGCUACAUGAACUCCAUCCUGCAGUGUCUCUGCAACACACCGGCCAUGGUGGACUACUUCAACAAGAACCUCUAUCAGGAGGAUAUCAACAGGGCUAAUAUCCUGGGUCACCGAGGCGAGGUAGCAGAGGAGUUUGGUGUGAUCAUGAAGGCUCUGUGGUCAGGCCUGUAUAAGUGUAUCAGCCCGCGUGACUUUAAGUUCACUAUAGGGAAGAUCCAUGAAUCCUUCUCUGGCCAGGAACAGCAGGACUCCCAGGAGCUGCUGCUCUUCCUUAUGGACGGACUCCACGAGGACCUCAACAAGGUUGCUAACCGUAAGCGUUACACGGAGGAGGAGAAUGACGAUCUGGACGACCAGCGGGCUGCUGACCAGGCCUGGAGCAAACACAAGCUGCUCAACGAGUCUGUCAUCGUAGCGCUGUUCCAGGGACAGUUUAAGAGCACAGUUCAGUGUCUCACCUGCCACAGGAAGUCACGCACCUUCGAGACCUUCAUGUACCUGUCCCUGCCGCUGGCCUCCACCAACAAGUGUUCCCUGCAGGACUGUCUGAAGCUGUUUUCUAAGGAGGAGAAGCUGACUGACCAGAACAAGGUGUUCUGUCGACACUGUAAAGCUCUCAGAGACUCCAUCAAGAAGCUGGAGAUCUGGAAGGUCCCGCCCAUCAUACUGGUUCACCUUAAACGGUUCUCGUACGAGGGCCGUUGGAAGCAGAAGCUGCAGACGGCAGUAGACUUCCCUCUGGAGAAUCUAGACCUCAGUCAGUAUGUCAUCGGACCCAGAGCCAACCUCAAGAGAUACAACCUGUUUGGAGUGUCUAACCAUUAUGGCGGUCUGGACGGGGGUCACUACACAGCCUACUGUAAGAACGCCAUGAAACAGUGCUGGUACAAGUUUGACGACCACGAGGUGUCCGAAAUCUCCACCUCCACCGUCAAGUCCUCCGCAGCGUACAUCUUCUUCUUCUCCUCCCUGUGAGGGCAGAGCUGCAACACUGCUACGAGCUAUGAGGCUACAUAAAGGCUACAUAAAGGCUAGCUAACAUGCAGGCUGCUUUGACUCCGCUUCCUCUGCUGGUGGGAGAAAGGAACUGAACUGCCGAUGUUUUUCUGAACUGAACUGAACUGCCAGGGGUCAUACUUGUGGUUUAAACCAUUAGUCUAAAAUAGCUGCUAGCUUUUUCUCUCAGGCCAACCUGGCCAAAUUAGCCACGAUGCUAAUUAGCCACCACGCUGAGGAAGGCCAGCUAAGCAGAUGAUUUAUAUCCGAUAACAAAUCAACCUAUCAGAUAACUUAGAGCCACCAUCCAAUCACAUUUGUUCAUGAGGUAAAUUUGCUUCCAACUGAUUGGUUUAAUUUGUUACCCAUGGUCUAAGUGGAGUUUCCUCAAUAUAUGUUUUGCAUGAUGCUUCCUUGACUAGGCAAGUGGCAUCAUAACUAAUGACGGUUUUCGCAUAUAUGAUCAAGUUCCGUGUUUUUUCUUCUCCAUUUAACACACAUCCAUGUACUUUUCAAUUAACAACGUAGGAGGAUUAUAUUGUAACUUUGUUAUUCAUACAUUGUAAAAGGCGAUGACUCUCGUGGUGUUGUCAAAUAGCAGUCAUUUACCAUCCACUGCUUGUCCGGGGUGGUGGCGUGAUCUCCACGGUGAUGUUUUCAAUACCAUUGGGAGCCAGAUUUAUUUUUAAGGAGGAAAAUCAUGGUCUGAGCAAAAAUUCACUAGUAUGUCCACGCAAGGUUUGUAGGUUUUGGAUAACUGAACUGGCAAGGUUUGGUGGUUUUGGUAGACUGAACUGACAAGGUUUGGUGGUUUUGGUAGACUGAACUGACAAGGUUUGGUGGUUUUGGUAGACUGAACUGACAGAGGUUGACAUGUGGAUGUGUGGAGAGAGAGGGACAUACUGUAGUGUGUGGUGAAAGGGUGGGUUAGUGACUGGGUGGGUUAGUGACUGGGUGGGUUAGUGACUGGGCGGGUUAGUGACUGGGCGGGUUAGUGACUGGGCGGGUUAGUGACUGGGCGGGUUAGUGACUGGGCGGGUUAGUGACUGGGUGUGUGCAGGAAAGGGAGUGACUCAGGCACUCCAAUACUUCAACUCAUAGAGGACUCAACAGCUGUUAAAACACAACAUCUAUUCUUAUUAAACCAGAGAGCAGGGAGAGGGUUCCCUGUUCUAAUCACCGCAGCUUAAACCCUGUUCUUAACACAACAUCUAUUCUUAUUAAACCAGAGAGCAGGGAGAGGGUUCCCUGUUCUAAUCACCGCAGCUUAAACCCUGUUCUUAACACAACAUCUAUUCAUAUUAAACCAGAGAGCAGGGAGAGGGUUCCCUGUUCUAAUCACCGCAGCUUAAACCCUGUUCUUAACACAACGUCUAUUCAUAUUAAACCAGAGAGCAGGGAGAGGGUUCCCUGUUCUAAUCACCGCAGCUUAAACCCUGUUCUUAACACAACAUCUAUUCAUAUUAAACCAGAGAGCAGGGAGAGGGUUCCCUGUUCUAAUCACCGCAGCUUAAAACCCUGUUCUUAACACAGCAAUGUUGUAAUUCUGCUAGUUCUGGGUUUCAGUUGAGUCUGUGUGGAGUGGACAGACUUCUGUUGGUAUACACAGACCUUAUUUAAGCUUCCAUGUACUGUGAAUCUUCUAGUGAAGAGUGACGUACAGGGACGUUUAGUGUGACGUUUAGUUAGGACGAGUGACGUACAGGGACGUUUAGUUAGGACGAGUGACGUACAGGGACGUUUAGUUAGGACGAGUGACGUACAGGGACGUUUAGUUAGGACGAGUGACGUACAGGGACGUUUAGUUAGGACGAGUGACGUACAGGGACGUUUAGUUAGGACGAGUGACGUACAGGGACGUUUAGUUAGGACGAGUGACGUACAGGGACGUUUAGUUAGGACGAGUGACGUACAGGGACGUUUAGUUAGGACGAGUGACGUACAGGGAUGUUUAGUUAGGACGAGUGACGUACAGGGACGUUUAGUUAGGACGUACAGUGCCUUUGGAAAGUUUUCAGACCCCUUGACUUUUUCCGCAUUUUAUUACGUUACAGCAAAUGUAUUCAAUUGUUUGUUUUUUUCCUCAUUAAUCUACACACAAUACCCCAUAAUGACAUCACAAUACCCCAUAAUGACAUCACAAUACUCCAUAAUGACAAAGAAAAAACAGGUUUUUAUAAAUGUUUGCUAAUUUAUUCCAAAUAAAAAAACUGAUAUCACAUUUACAUAAGUAUUCAGACCCUUUACUCAGUACUUUGUUGAAGCACCUUUGGCAGCGAUUACAGCAUCAAGUCUUCUUGGGUAUGACGCUACAAGCUUGGCACACCUGUAUUUGGGGAGUUUCUCCCAUUCUACUCUGCAGAACCUCUCAAGCUUUGUCAGGUUGGAUGGGGAGCGUCGGCUCACAGCUUUUUUCAGAUCUCUCCAGAGAUGUUCAAUCGGGUUCAAGUCAGGGCUCUGGCUGUGCCACUCAAGGACAUUUAGAGACUUGUCCAAAAGCCACUACUGCGUUGUCUUCGCUGUGUACUUAGGGUCGUUGUCCUGUUGGAAGGUGAACCUUUGCCCCAUUCUGAGGACCUGAAUGCUCUGGAACAGGUUUUCAUUAAGGAUCUCUCUGUACUUUGCUCCGUUUAUCUUUGCCUCGAUCCUGACUAGUCUCCCAGCCCCUGCCACUGAAAAACAUCCCCACAGCAUGAUGCUGCCACCACCAUGCUUCACCAUAGGGAUGGUGCCAGGUUUCCUCCAGACGUGACACUUGGCAUUCAGGCCAGAGAAUCUUGUUUCUCAUGGUCUGAUGAGAAACAAGCAGGCUGUCAUGUUGUCUUUUACUGAGGAGUGUCUUCCGUCUGGCCACUCUACCAUAAAGGCCUGAUUGGUGGUGUGCUACAGAGAUGGUUGUCCUUCUGGAAGGUUCUCCCAUCUCCACAGAGGAACUCUGGAGCUCUGUCAGAGUGACCAUCGGGUUCUUGGUCACCUAAAUAAAGUAUUUCAGUUUUUUUAUUUGUAAUAAAUUUGCCAAAAUGUCUAAACCUGUUUUUGCUUUGUUCUAAUAGUGUAUUGUGAGUAGAUUGCUGUUUUAAUUUAAUAGAUUUUAGAAUAAGGCUGUACUGUGACAAUGUGGGAAAAGGAAAGGGGUCUGAGUACUUUCCAAAUGCACUGUAUAUGGACGUUUAGUUAGGAAGAGGGACUUAUCUGUACAUACAGUAAUAUGAACAGCUUUCUACUGAUGUUGCACAUGAAACAGUAAACACAUUGUACAUGAACAUGGUGAUGAGGGGGAUUCUCCUCUUCUAUUUAAACUCAUCUCCUUUUAUUUUCUCCUUUUGAGAGAAGCAGCUGGCAUGAUUGAUGACUAACUAUUUGAUAAAGGAGUAUUCUAAACUACAUACUUAGGCUUGUAUCCCAAAUAGCACCCUAUCCCCUAAUAAAGAGCACACCUUUUGACAGGGCCCUGGGUUAAAAGAAGUGCGCUUUUUUUAUAGGGAAUAGGGAAUCAUUUGAGACUCAGCUUUCUCCUGGUGAGGUGUUGAGAUGUUUUUGGUGUGCCCUAAAGAGGAGAGGUUUAAAAACACUUCCCUUCACAGUGCACUGCUUUUUGGCACCGGUCUUCAGAUGAACUCUUUGCGUUGUUUGGGGAGUUCUUGCUUGUUUUAUCCUGGCUGCAUUCUAUGAAACCCAACAGCACAAUGCACUUGCAGUGUUUGUAUAGAACACAUUCAUUUAUUCAAAUCAACCAACUGACUUUUGAUUUGUAGCAAAUGGCACCCUAUUCCCUAAAUAGUGCCCUACUUUUGACCAGAACCCUAUUCCCUAAAUAGUGCCCUACUUUUGACCAGGGCCCAUAGGGUAGUGCACUAUUAAGGGAAUGGGGUGCACACGUAGCCUUUUGUGACCGAUUUGAAAAUGGUUGAGCCUGAUACUGAGACAUAAAUCAUUAGGCCUAAUCAAUAAUGUCAUCUAUCAGUGUAAUUUUACGACCCUGGAAAAUAAUCUCUUCAGUGUACACUAGUCUACUGCACUCCCUUGCUAAUAAAAAAACCUGUUUUCAUCUAAAAUACAUUCAAUUCCAAAGUUAAGAUCUAUAAUCUAUACAUGACUUUACCGAUAAUACCAAUGUUAUGAUCUAUAAUCUAUACAUGACUUUACCGAUAAUACCAAUGUUAAGAUCUAUAAUCAAUACGUGACUUUACCUUCAAUACCAAUGUUAAGAUCUAUAAUCUAUACGUGACUUUACCUUCAAUACCAAUGUUAAGGAGCUCUAUAAUCUAUACAUCUAUAGGUUAAGCCGUAUCAGUAAAUAAAGGUAAAAAUGAAAAAACGA